AUGGAGCUCUUCCGGCCCCGCUACUACAGCCCGAAGGAGGUGUCGGUGCACAACCGGCCCGGGGACCUCUGGGUGUCCUACUUGGGGCGGGUCUACGACCUCACCCCGCUGGCGAAGGAACACAAGGGUGAUCUCUUGCUGAAGCCUAUCCUAGAAGCAGCAGGGAAAGACAUCAGCCAUUGGUUCAACCCCAAGACCAAGGAUAUCCAGACGCACAUCGAUCCCCUAACAUGCUGCCUCAAGUACUACACCCCCCAGGGUCGCUUUAUACACAUCCCACCCCCUCUGCCUCGCUCGGACUGGGCCAAUGACUUUGGCAGGCCCUGGUGGAAGGAGUCCAAGUACGAGGUGGGCAUCUUGUCUGCCAAAACCAGGCGCAUCCGGAUCAUCAACACCCUGACUUCCCAGGAGCACCUGCUCGAGGUGUGCUCUGAAGAAUCCAUAUGGGAGAUCCUGCGACGGUACCUUCCCUUCAAUGCCCACGCUGCCAGCUACACGUGGAAAUACGAAGGCGUCAACCUGGACAUGAACUGGAACCUGCAGCAGAACCGCAUCCCGGAUGAGGACGAGGAGUUCUAUGAGCUUGGCAUGGAUGCCGACGCCUUCACCCCGGCCAUCCUGCUCUACUUCAACGACGACCUCACUGAGUUUUAGGUAAUCCCAAAGAGAACAGCAGGGGACAGUGGCCGACUGGGCCUGUAACACCCCCUUACGGCAGGGGUCCCAAACCUUUUUGAGCCUGUGGGCACGUCUGACAAAGGGUGUCGAGCACGUCAGGAGAAGACGCC